GGUGACAUACGUCAAGGGGUAGUUAAGUUACAUUUUCAAGUGAAGCAGUGAGGCUUCGAGCCCAGAUAAAAUCCAAAAUUUAAACCAGCCUCCAUCCAUCCGCCUCUCCGUCCGCUGCAAAAGACCAAAAGCAUGGCGCACCGCCUGCAACUCCGGAGCGAUGACUUCGACGUAAUCGGCGCAGUGCCGCGCGAUCUGUCGGUAAUUAAGAACUUUCUGAAACGCGACUGUGCCGUCAAGAGGUUGAUCGACAUCGAGGAGGAGUUCCUGCAGGAGUGCGUGUUGCGGGGCGAGGAUCCGAUGAAUCCAAACAGGAAGAGCGGAAACGACAUCGUGACGCGUGGCGGCGGGCUAGACUCCAAAGCACCUGAGCCUCGACCGGAUCCCUGUGCGAGCCAAACACCAGAAAACACACUUGCGUCGGAUUAUUGUGAUCCCUGCCGUCGACUCAAGACCUCUGUGGUGCUGGAAGAGCUCACGAAGCCGGCCACUACGAAUCCGGUGUACAACAGAGCCCUGCCGCCGUACUUUGACGAGGAGAGCGUGAUGGGCAACUCGUUGCCCGUGAAGUUCCGCUUCCGGCGCAAAUUUAACCGCUGCGACCAGGAGAAGCCGGCCCACCUGAUGUGCACCACCACUCCGAGCACCAACGUUGUGGUGCUGACCAACUGUUGUGACGUGAUGGUGUGGCCCAGUCAGCGGGUUGCCCAGAUGAACCGAGUGCCGGUGACCACGCUGACUGGCGAAGCCGAUCUCACCGAGUACAUGCUGGAGGAGGAGACCAUUAUGUGAGCGACCAUCCACGAAAAGGCAGCGAGCAUGGAUAUGGAUACCAGUUUGGAACACAUAAUUCAAUAAAACAUUUACCCCGUCCACAA